CUAUAUAAAGUCUCCAAUCUAAUUAUCAAAUUCAAUCACAAAUACUAUCAAACUUCUUCAAAUUAAAUUACAUAGUUUGUGUUUGAUUAGAGAAAUAUGGCACAUAAGGGUACUAGCCAAGGCCAAAUGCACCUAACUGAUGAACAUGGAAAUCGAGUUCAUCAAAUUGAUGAACCCAAUGCAAUCCAAGGUAUAGCUAUGGGGUUCGCCCCUGCUGGUACAUGCUCUGAUACUAUGAAGAAAGAUCACUAUGACGAAGGACAACAACAACAACAACUUCGUCGUUCUGGUAGCUCUAGUUCAAGCUCUUCUGAGGAUGAUGGAGAAGGAGGGAGGAGGAAGAAGAAGAAGGGCAUAAAGGAGAAGAUUAAAGAGACGUUGACCGGAGGCGCUGACGAAGGUGUACAAACUAUUAUUCCUACUCCUACUCCUACUCCUACCUGUGAAGCCGGAGGGGGCGAAAAGAAAGGAAUGAUGGAGAAAAUCAAGGAGAAGAUCCCUGGGAUGCACUGAGUGAAUGUUACAUUUCAAGUGUGUCGAUUUUUGGCAAUUGAAGCCUACACAAUUAUUUAUAAUGGUCCAAGAAAAUAGAAUCGUAAAUAAAUAAGAUAAACUCCACUUCAUCCACAAAAUUCUAUGUGUUUUGUUGAGGUGGAGUGAUAUGUAUAUCUAGCAAUAUUGAAGCAUGGUGCCCUAUUUCUUAUGAAGUGUCAAUGUACUAUUAUGUAUAUGUCUAAUGUGGUUUUGGAAAUAAAUAUUCUACAUUUUGUAUAA